AAGCUUUACUUCAGUCGAUGUUGGUCAAAGGGUGAACAGAGGGGGGCGGGGUUAUAUUCUUGCUUCCCUGUGGGCGGUGCCAAACGCAACAACCUUUCAUAACAGAACAACAGACUUCGCAGAUUGUAUUCAUUUUAUGGUAACGUGUAAAUUGUUAACGUUACCGUCAGGAGUUGCCGGGGGUUGAAACAAACUGGCAAUGUGACCUGGGUGUCAGUUGGUACAUAGCUAACGUUAAACGGAGUUUAAGAUGGCAGCAGCUGUGGCUAACAGAGCGAUAGGAGCCAUUGUAGGAUCAGCUGUUGCAGAUGCAGCAGCGCAGCCCCUCCACUGGGUGUACGAUCUCCAGAAGCUGCAGGGGAUUCUGGCUCAGGAUCCGAACCCUGAGUUCCGCUCUGAGUCGGCCAACCCUUUCUACAGGAGGCAGACGGGCCAGCAGAGCUGCUACGGAGACCAGGCCUUUGUCCUGCUGGAGUCCUUGUCUGAAUGUGGAGGUCUAAAUGUUGACGAUCUGAAGCAGCGCACACUAAAAUUCUUUGGGCCUGGAUCAGAGUAUGACACGCCUGUCAAUGAUCCUUACAGAGCGAGAGGAGGGCCAAAACCUCAGCUGCCCAUCGAGGGACCAUGGAGACAUGCGAGCUUAAAGAGCUUCCUGAAGAAUGUUGAUGCAGGCAAAAAGGAGACUGGCUGUGAGAGUGACUGUCAGAUUGAUGGAAUAGCCAAACUGGCGCCUAUAGUGGCUUUUUAUGCAGGAAAGCCUGACAUGCUGGAAAAGGUUGAGCAGGCAGUCCGUGUCACCCAGAACAAUGAUGCAUGUGUGGCAGACACUCUAGCAGCUGCAAGGUUUCUUGAGCAUUUCAUCCUGAAUGGUCCUGAUCCAAGAGCCUUGGACUCGGUGCUCGAUCAGCUCAGUGACCCGAACAGAAAGCAGCCCCAGGAUCUGGACAAAGCAGUCAGUGGGCACAUUCAUCAAGUGAAGGAGACUCUAUCAAAGACUCCUCAGGAGCUAAUCCCCACUGUGUUUCCAAACACAUGAGGUUUGCCAGGUGCAUUCCAAGCAGCGCUGCAUGGAGUCCUGACAGCCAAGCACUAUGAGCAGGCUGUCAGGGAUACAAUUAGCUGUGGGGGUUGCACCUGUAGCAGAGGGUCCUUCAUUGGAGCCUGCCUUGGGGCUCAGAUUGGACUUGAGGGAAUUCCAGCUUCAUGGAUAUCCAAAACCCUGAAUUAUGACUCAGUGUUGAAACAUGCCAAGAAGAUAACCAAAAACCACCAAUAGUAUUCUUUUUCUGGAGGUGUUUACAAUCUGAGGUGGCAGAGAACAAAAUGAAAAAACUGUUGAGCUUUCACAGAACACUGAAUGAAGGUUCUUGUCUAAACUGUUAAACGGCAGGAGCCAGAUGUUUUUGUCUCUGGUAAAGUUGAACAUGUUGGUUCAGAUGUUCGUAACUGAGUUUUUCUGCAAUAAAGUAAUUUAGA